GUUUCUAAUCAUGGCAUCAACUAACAUCCUCAAAACCAACGCAUUCACCUCAAGUAUCAGGACUAGUUUCAAAUCGAGAAGAAUUCCAAUUCAUCUCAAUUCAACAUCCAAGUCAUACUCUGCUCAAGUUGAUCAUGGUCAAUCGGGUCCUAUCUGCUUUGCAUUAAGUGAAGAUCAACAAGCUUACCAAGAUCUUGCUCGACGAUUUACGGCUGAUCAUAUCAUUCCCGUCGCUGCGGAGUAUGAUCGAACGAUGGAAUAUCCUUGGCCAGUGCUGAAAGAGGCAUGGAAAGCAGGUUUAAUGAAUACACAUGUACCGACCAAAUACGGAGGAGCAGGACUAGGAUUAGUAGAAUCUUCAUUGAUCUCAGAAGAGAUCUCUUACGGAUGUUCAGGUAUUCAAACUGCAAUUGAAGCGAACGGAUUGGCUCAAUCUCCUUUAAUAGUUGCCGGGUCAGAAGAAUUGAAAACCAAAUAUCUGGGCAUUUGUACUGAGAGUCCUUUGGUGGCUGCUUAUUGUGUCACUGAACCGGGUGCUGGUAGUGAUGUGGCAGGAAUCAAGACUACGGCAGUGAAGAAAGGUGAUCAAUACGUGAUCAAUGGUACCAAGAUGUGGAUCACGAACGGUGGUCAAGCAAGUUGGUAUUUUGUUCUUGCCAAGACUGACCCCGAAGCAGCCGUCCACAAGUCAAUGACAGGCUUUGUCGUCGACGCGAACACUCCUGGAAUCACUGUCGGUAAGAAAGAAAUCAACAUGGGACAAAGGUGUUCCGAUACUCGUCAAAUCACCUUUGAGGAUGUGGCGAUACCGGCUUCCAAUGUGAUCGGAACCUCGGGAGAAGGGUUCAAGAUUGCGAUGAAGGCUUUUGACAUUACUCGUCCACUUGUAGCUAGUGGUGCAGUUGGAUUAGCACAACGUGCUUUAACUGAAGCAGUCAAGUACGCUCAAACUAGGAACACGAUGGGAAAGCCAAUCAUCGAACACCAAAAUGUAUCACACAUGUUGGCGGAGAUGACGAUUGGUGUGGAAGCAUCUCGCAUGAUGGUAUGGAAGUCUGCUUUUGUCAAAGAUAUAGGACAAAGAAAUACCUAUUAUGCUUCAAUUGCGAAAUGUAUGGCAUCUGAAGUUGCGGUCAAAAACGCCGGAUUAGCUGUUCAAAUCUUUGGAGGGGCUGGAUUCAAUACUGAAUAUCCGGUUGAGAAACUUUAUAGAGAUAGUAAAAUAUUUACACUCUAUGAAGGUACUUCACAAAUCCAACGUUUAAUUAUUUCUAAGUUUUUGUCAGGUAUGUAUCCUGCUUAAUUGAGCAAGCACGUGUCACGUUGAGUUUGUAUUCUUUUUCAUUAUGUAAAUCAUGUGAAUGUACACAUUGUCAUGUUUCCAUUUUUGCAUUUUGAUGUGUAUGUAAUAAUGUACAAUUGCAAGAAUCUUUUUCCUUCACUGC